AAUUAUGCUCGAUGAAGCUUGGACGGAAUCAUCACCAUCAGGGUAACAUCACGAACCAGCGCAACCACAUGCCAGAAACCGCCGGUCGCAGUCGUCGAGGCACGCCUCGUAUUUGUUUCGGCGUUUCAGUCGGUGGUCGCGUGAUUUCAGUCUGUAGUUCCGUCCUGGCGAAGAUGUCGAUGUGGCAUUGUUUGUUUUUCUUCUUCCUCCGGCAAAACAACUACCUGUCUCAAACACUCGUACACGCAAAGAUCCGCACGCAUCGUGCGCUCUGCCUGAAGCGCGUGGAAAAAAUUGCGCUCGACCGAGAGGCCAGUGAGAAGUAUUUUGAUUUCCUGGUUCGCAACAACAUGUCCGACGCCCGAGCGGACCGCCCGCGCGGUUUAAAGGACUACUUCAAGUACUACAAUACUUCCGAGGUAUCCACAGAAAAAAAACCAUCCCCAUCCAUUUUUCGCAUGACAAGCACAGGAUUUUAUGCGUGUUUUGCAUGACAAACAGGAAGAUGGGUGUUUUUUCCUGGAUGCGAGGACUUGGUAUCGUACACCGCCACGCCGCCGAGUCUUGCGCCCAUGCUGACCUGCGUUGAUUUGGAAGACGCCGUGCUGUUUAACCAGGAAAUGGCAACGGCGUGUUCACCCGCAACCUGUAGCCUGUUCGACGCGGCCUUGAAGUUUGUGCCGCCGAAAAGCCUGCUGCACUCCGCGGACGGAACCGAUUUGACGCAAAGAAAAGUAAUAUCGGAAGCGGACAAGGUGGAGCAACAGGUCUUGGACAACUGUAAGGGGGAGGACACGCGGCAGACUCUACGGAAGACCAGCAGUCCAUACGCGUUCGUGUCCGUCGACGAAAUACUGCGCGGGGGCUUUUGCGGCAAGAACGUAGAUGAUGGCUCAGUCGAGGGAAAGGAAGCAACAACUUCGCCGGACUGGGCCACCAGUAUCGUCACCGCCGUGCUGAAUUUGGGGAGCCGCGAGAACAACAGCGAGGAGGAUUACAAGUCGUUCCACUUGCAUGGCCCCAAAAAGCUGCACACCUACAAGACGAAUGAAGAGCCCUUGCCAUCUACGGCUACAGGACGAGGAACCUCGUCGACGUCGUCUCUCUUAUCGGCAAAAGUCACCGAAAGCGGUGAAAUACAUGUAAAUGCCGCGGGCUCGGAAUCUCGAUUGGGCCAAGGAACAUCCACAAACGAUUUUUUGCAGGUGUUUGCUGAAGAAGCCGAUGAACCAACUGGACACGACGGAGACCAUGAUGCUGACGCGUUCUUUUCUCCUACUGCAUCUUUUUUCUCAACUUCUGCGGAAGUCCUUGACAAGGACGAGGACUACACGCAUGGUUCAUUCUUGGAGCAUCGUAGUUCCAGAAGCGCGGAGCGAAAGCAGGAAACCGAAACCAGCAGAGAAAAAGUAACAAAAUGGUCCAAAAGAAGAGCUUCAUCUACUUCGUCAAGAACAUCGUCAGCGUUCACACAGAAGAUGAAAAAGCACCGCAAGUCGUUCUUCAUGGAUUGGCUUCGUGGUACGAAAAAGCCGCCCCCGCCGCAUUGCGACCUCGAGGGCUUCGUGCAAGCGUUUCGGAGCGCCUUGUGCCAGGACGUCCACAGAGGGCGUGUUGGUCCACCGACGGACGACGCUUCGUUGGUCUCGAUCCUCGAGCACCGGGCGCCGCCCACCAUCCAGCUCGUUCUAAAGACGGACGUUCUGUACUUCCUAGGCGUGGCGGACUUGACACAGGAGAAGCUACAGCACGGAAAGGAGGACGGCUCGCGGAUUUACUACAACCAGCCGCAGCCCGGCCUCGUUUUCAACGAGAUUCAGAAUCCGCACACAGUUUUUCAACACGUCUUCAACCAAUGCCCCGUACGUAGUGGUGGCGCAACAGUGCUGGCGCAUGUCAACCCUGCGACGAAUAAUUAUGCAGGGGCGCCGUCAGUGCUGUCAACCUCAACAUCAACGGUCACCGUUCCCGUGCCUUACCUCCUCUUGGCGCGUUCGCUGUUUCUAAUGGGGAACCCGCGGGGUUCUGUUGGUGAUCUAUGGAGCUCGCUGGUGAACAGCUCCCCUCAUUCGGCGAGAGAGGCAGAGCUGAUGCGAGCGUACGAAACGAAGACAGCGAAUCUCUGGCAAGGAAGAUUUCUGCACGCGGUGGGGCAGCGCGAAGCCAGUGAUGGUUCCCUGUUAUCCACAGUCACCGGGGACUUUCUCAAGAAGGUCGAACAGUAUGUGUGGAAGAAAGAAUUCCUAGACUCGAAGCGAGGGGCAAAAGCAGAAGGAGCUGCUGCACUGAAAACUACAUCUACUCCGCAGGAAGAGGAAGACCACAAGCAGCUACAAGAUUGGGCCCGUUCCCACCCUUUGAGACUGCUGGAGUAUCUGCACUACCGGCGAGUGUACCGAUUCCGCCUUUCGUUCUCGUUUUCCGGCGUCGGUCUCGUUAUGGGCAACAAAAUGGUCUCCGAGAAAGAGUCAGCGACCAUGCGGGAGAUCGAGGUGGAUGGGAUUUACAUUUUUCAUCCCGACGUCCUGCUGGAAGUACUCUCUGACGAGGACGACGGGGACGAAGAAGUUAUCUCAGUCAUCGAGUUUGACCACGGCCACAACCGGCACUUUCGUUCUGCACCCUUUCUGCACAAGGAGUCCCGCAAGAUGCGGCCUUGGACGGGAGAUUGGUCGAGUUGGUCCCAGGAGGUUGGCGAGUUUUCGGCCAGCAUCCACAAAGUCUUCAUGACGCUGCAAUACUGGAUCGAACUUGCCGGCGCCAAGCCCUACAUGCUCGGGCAGUGGAACUGCUUCCAGAUGGCACACUUGCUCGUCUACAUGUUAUUCUUGCCCUUGCACGAAGUCAACACGGAUUUCCACAGUGACUCGGCUUUCCAAGAAAUCCAGCAGCGACUCAUUUCAACACAAGCGGCUCAAAGCGAACAAGGACAGGGGGCAGGAGCAGGAGAAACUGGACAAGCAACAGAGGGUGACGCAAGCGCAACUGAUGUAGUCUCCUCAGCGGAUCAUACCAUUACCAGCGGCGCAGCUGCUCCUGCGGGUGCAGUGGAUUCUUCGAACGAGGGUGGAAAUGAUGCGGAAGGGCAAGAUGUACCGAAAACCGAACUGCUUUCUUCCACCGCGUUCGUGGAAAUGAAGACGAAGACUCGUCCGGGAGCGCGACUCUUCCACGUGCCUCAGCUGCGCAGCUCCGGAAAAAAUGAUCUGGAUACCUGCACUCUAGCCGAUCGCAACCGACUCUGGCGGGCGUUCCUCGGUGAGAUCGGUGAACCGCACGACGAGAGUUCCCUUGGGCGCACUGCAGCCGCAAUGAAAACCAUCUCCGCCUGCGGUCGCAUCGACGAAGGGUCCUCGCAAGGUGAAGACCGCGCCAGUCUGAUGUCAGCCCAAGUGAUUCUUCCUGCAGAAUCACUCACGCUCAAGAGGGAGACCGACGUGGUGGAGAAUUAUCAACUGCAAUUUCCGAAUCACUACGCGUCGGGUCCGUCCUUUGAGGUGGAGUAUCCGUUGCAAAUGUUCGCGAAUAUAUCCACAGAAAAAAACCCAUCCACAUCCAUUAAUCCACUAUUUGUCAUGCAAAAAAUGGAUGUGGAUGGGUUUUUUUCUGUGGAUAGAAUAUGACCAUCGACUACAGCGUGUUUCGCGUUUUUUCGACCGAGGCCCUGCUUCCCGCCGCGUGGAGCGCGAGACUGCAGCUGGUCCAGUUGCCCUUUUUAAGCCGCUUCGAUUCGCUGGGAGACCUGCUCGAGAUGGCUGCCAACCGAAACGGGAAACGAUUCGAACAGUGGAAGCUUUCCGCCUUGAGGUACCUGGCUCCCGCGGUGACGGACAAACUAUCGCAUUGGUUCGGCGAUAAGCACGGGCAUUCUGUGUUCGCCAUCGGGCUCAAUCGGGAACAGGCGAGGAAAGGCAUCACUGAGUACAUGGAGAGCGACACGCUGGCAAGCAUCAUCAAAGAUUUAAAAGCAGAGUAUCAAGACCUGCUCCUCUUUCUUCAAGCUUACAAAACGAAAACAUGA